AUGGCAGCACUGCGCAGUUUGAGCAGGAGCUUCCAGCGUGCCGCUCCGCUCUUCUCCCGGUAUGCUCCAGCUGCAUCCUUCAGCACAGCCCAGUUCAAGGUGUGUAUCAAUGGCGGCGCUGGAGGCAUUGGGCAGCCGCUCACCAUGCUGAUGGCCAUGAACGAAUCCGUCAAGGAGGUGUCAGUGCAAGACGUCAGCAUGGCCGCUGUGCCUCCUGCCGGAGUGGCCGCGGAUCUCGGGCAUCUGGAAUUCCCCAGUAAGGUCGUGGGCUAUGCGACUGACCCCAAAGUGCCUGCCACGGAACAGUUGGAAGCAUGUUUGACAGGAUGCAAUCUGGUGCUGAUUCCUGCUGGAAUGCCGCGGAAGCCGGGCAUGACCCGCGACGAUUUGUUCAACAUCAACGCAGACAUCGCCAAGGGCGUCGUGGAGGCAUGCGCCAAGUUCUGCCCUGAAGCCGUGGUUGGCAUCAUCGUGAACCCGGUGAACUCCAUCGUGCCUGCCAUGGCGGAGCUCUACAAGAAGAAGGGUUUGGAUCCAUUGAAAAUCGUGGGAGUGACUUCCUUGGAUAUUGUGCGCGCCAACAAAUUCGUGGCAGAGAUCACCGGCAAAAGCCCCGCGGACAUCGAAGUGCCAGUGAUCGGUGGCCACGCUGGGGUGACCAUCAUGCCGGUCUUCUCUCAGGACCCGAUCUCCGCCACCAUCUCCGCAGACAAGAUUCCAGCCUUGGACAAGCGCACGCAGGAUGGCGGGACUGAGGUGGUCGAGGCCAAAGCCGGCAAGGGCAGCGCGACCUUGUCGAUGGCCUACUCCGGCGCCCGCUUCGGCAACAAGGUGCUGAAAGGGAUGGCUGGAACGCCCACGGAUGAGUGCGCCUAUGUUGCGUCCACUGUCACAGACCUGCCAUAUUUCUCCUCCAAGGUGACCUUUGGUAAGACGGGUGUCGAGAAGAUUCAUCCGGUGGGAGCCUUGAACAGCUACGAGGAGGGCAGAUUGAAGGAGGCCCAGCGAUCGACAAGGGCUUGGAAUACAUCGCAGGGAAGUGAGCGAAAUUCCGGCGCGGUACAGCGGCCGCGCGCUGCACAGCCUGUGGCUGGUUCCAGGGGCGAAAACCCGGGGAACUUCUCCCCAGAAAAAGAGGAGGAAGUCCAGUCAUCACAGACGGUCUUCUGCUACUGCGCCAAAGGCAUUUCGCGAAGCUCGAGCCUGGUAAUUGCGCCCUUGGCUGCAGUGGUUCUGGCAGAGGUUUCCCUGCGGUCAGAGGAAGAGCAUGCAGAUCCAGCUACCAGGACCGAGCGAUCUCAGGAGCUGCCUCUGUUGGAUGAGGAGAGCAAUUCGCUCUUCCUGCUGUUACGGGGAAUGACCACAGUGAGUUUCUGUGAAGGCCCACCACCAUUGGCUUGGCUUCGGAGCAGAUUGGCCGCCAUCAUCGCCGCGAACCCCUGGCUCUCGGGCCACCUACGCCGAAACGGGGUGAACGACGCCGUGUCUCUCCGCUUCGACGCGGCGGGAGCCACCAGGGAGGUGCAGCUGCUGGGCUCUGUCAACAUCAGCAGCAGCACGCCCUACGAAGUCAUCAGCCAGCAGAUCAGUGGCAGCUGCGCGGAAGUUCGGCCUGGCCUUGUUUGCUUGCAGAAUUCCAGCGAGCCGCUGAUCCGUGUGUCCUUGUGUGAUGGAGGAUUUCGUGAUGAGUUUGCGCUGAUUGUCUCGAUUUCGCACAUCGUGGCUGAUGGGCACACUUACUACAAGCUCUUUGAAAUGCUGACACAGAACGUCGAGCUCACUUCUCUCAAUCCCCGCCGCAAGGUCCAUUUCAAUCAGAAGAGAAUUCAGGCUGUGGGACAGAGGCAGUACGACUUCAUCUACUCUCCGCAGUAUGUCUUGAACUGCCUCAGCGGCAAGCUGCUCUAUGGAAAGCCAAGAUGUCGGGCAUAUUUGGUGAACUCAGAGAGAGUUGCAGAAAUCAAGGCAUCACAGAUCAAAGAACAUCCAGAUGUGCCUUUUGUGUCUACGAAUGACGUGCUGACAUCACUCUUUGGAAGACUCAUUGACGCUCGGGUUUGUUCCAUGGCCAUCAACUUCCGAAAUCGCAUCGCUGGAAUUUGCGAGGAUGAUGCUGGGAACUACCAGGGCCUGCUAUGUCUCGGGCCCAAGGACUUUGCAGAGCCUGCAUCGAUCCGACGCCUUCUGCAGAGGGGCGGCACCACUGGUAUUUACCAUGAGAUAUCCAAUGGUGCCGAUGCUGUGACGCCUGCCCCUGACUUUUGGCAGACGUUGAAGUCCCGCCUGGCGGUCAUGACGAACUGGGCCUUCAAUCAGCCUCAGUUGGAGCAGUGUCGCAUGCUGCUGCACCUGCCACAUUUUGAUCUGGAGGAGGUCAACUCGGACAUGGCAGUGAUCUUCCGGCCCCGGGCAGGUGAGCUUGCGGUUCUUACCUUUCUGAAGGACUUGGACAUGGAUGAGCUCGUGAAAGAAGCCGAUGGCAUCUUAGGGCGGCCCUUGUCACCCGAAGUCUUUCGAGAAAAGAAGUCCGGCUGCGGCCUGCACGUGUUGCAAUGGGUGCCAUUGUUGUUUGGAGAAAGGCUUCAAAUUUAUGGUGUCCAACAUAAUUAG